AGUCAUUGUUAGGGCUAUCGAAUGAGCUCUGUCAAAAGAAAUAAUUUGUCGUGCUCGCAUCGAAAAUUCUAAAUUCAUAAAAAUUGAUUUUGCGUAAUAAGCAAAACUUUAAGCAUAGGAAUAAAAGCAAGUAAUCCCGAGCUUGACUAUCAAUCUAAAGUCGGAAAUAAAAAUGGACGCAGGCAACUCCGUAGAAAACCGUGAGAAGGAACGCGAUCGUCGUGGACGUGGGCCGCGUGGCUCCCGUUUCUCGGACGCUGAUGGCAAUGGAAACGCCGGUGGAAACCAGGGAGGCGGUGGCGGAGCUGGCAGUGGCAACAACAGUGUUCGCGACCGCAGCCGCGAACGUCGCAAUUGUCGCGUCUAUAUUUCGAACAUUCCGUACGACUACCGCUGGCAGGAUCUGAAGGAUCUGUUCCGUCGCAUCGUUGGCUCUAUUGAGUACGUCCAGCUAUUCUUCGACGAAAGCGGCAAGGCACGUGGUUGUGGCAUAGUAGAGUUUAAGGAUCCAGAGAAUGUUCAGAAGGCCAUGGAGAAGAUGAACCGCUACGAGGUGAAUGGUCGCGAACUCGUGGUUAAAGAGGAUCACGGCGAGCAGCGCGAUCAAUAUGGCCGCAUUGUACGCGACGGAGCCGGAGGUGGCGGUGGCGGAGGUGGAGGAGGCAAUGGUGGCAACAACGGAGGUGGAGGAGGAGGCGGUGGCCGUGACCACAUGGAUGACCGUGAUCGCGGUUUCUCUCGUAGAGACGACGACAGAUUAUCUGGGCGUAAUAAUUUUAACAUGAUGUCAAAUGAUUAUAAUAAUUCGUCGAAUUACAAUUUAUAUGGGCUUUCUGCUUCGUUUUUGGAGAGUCUUGGCAUAAGUGGACCUUUGCAUAAUAAGGUUUUUGUUGCUAAUCUGGACUACAAGGUGGACAACAAGAAGCUCAAGCAGGUCUUCAAGCUGGCCGGCAAGGUGCAGAGCGUAGAGCUUUCAUUGGACAAGGAAGGCAAUAGCCGCGGCUUUGCUGUGAUCGAAUACGACCAUCCAGUAGAGGCUGUUCAAGCCAUCUCAAUGUUGGAUCGCCAGAUGCUUUUUGAUCGUCGAAUGACUGUUCGCCUGGACCGCAUUCCGGACAAGAACGAAGGCGUGAAGCUGCCCGAGGGUUUGGGUGGUGUUGGUAUUGGUCUGGGACUCAACGGAGAGCCGCUUAAGGAUGUGGCUCACAACCUGCCCAACGGUGGUCAGAGCCAAGGCCAGUUGCUUGGCAACCCGCAGCAAGUAUCUCAGCUUGGAUCGGUGGGUAGCCAGCCCAACAACAACGCCGUGAGCAACGCCACCACCAAUCUUUUAAACAACUUGACCGGCGUGAUGUUUGGCAACCAUGCUGCUGUUCAGCCAUCGCCUGUGGCUCCAGUGCAGAAGCCCAGUCUGGGCAAUAAUUCUGGUACCGGCGGAUUAAACUUAAACAAUCUUAAUCCAAGCCUGUUGGCCGCCGUGGUUGGCAAUCUUGGUAACCAGGGAGGAAACUUGUCCAACCCCUUGCUGACUUCGUCACUAAGCAACCUGGGUCUUAAUUUGGGCAACUCUGCCAAUGAUGAUAACCUGCCCCCAAGCAAUGUGGGUCUUUCAAAUAACUAUAGCAGCGGCGGCACCGGUGGUGGCAAUAACUACAGCUCCGGUAAUAACUAUAGUGGUGGUGGAGUAUCCGGCAACGUUGGAUACAAUGCCUACAGCAGCUCGGGCGGAGUUGGCGGCGGCAACGGAGGAGGCAAUGUUGACGGAAACGAUUACAAUUCGGGCAACCCGUUGGACAUCUACGGUGGAGGCGGCAAUGUGGGCAACUCCAAUGUUGGCUCGAAUAAUGCUGGAGGUGUGUCCCGCAAGUCGGAUACCAUAAUUAUUAAGAACGUUCCAAUGAGCUGCACUUGGCAGACGUUGCGCGACAAGUUCCGUGAGAUUGGGGAUGUUAAGUUUGCCGAAAUCCGGGGCAAUGAUGUAGGCGUUGUGCGAUUCUUUAAGGAGCGCGAUGCCGAACUUGCCAUAGCGCUUAUGGAUGGCUCUCGUUUGGAUGGGCGCAACAUUAAAGUAACUUACUUUUAAGUCAAGCAAAUAAUUUCCGAAUUCGUCGGACCUUGGAGCAAAUCAACACUUUAAGCAUUGACCAAUACCCGAUUUUAUGUAAUUCACGCUGCAGAUUAUCGGAUUUAUGGAAAUCGAAGAUACGAAGAGCUCAUCUAAGCGAAUGCACCCACACAUUUGUAUAACAUUUAUAUAUAUAUUUUACGCAUAUUAUUAUACAGACUAAUAUUAUGAUAAUUGACGUUCCAAAAACAAGCCCCAAUUUUAAGUCGAUUAAAACCCAUAAAAUUAUGUAAA